CGUCUAAACCUGUUGAUCAUACAACAGAUCUGGACCAUGAUCAGAACCCAGCGGUGUCAUCUUUGCAUGGCCCCAAUGGUUUGGCGCGUACAAUGCUGUUGGUUCCCAGUGGACGUGGUCUCAUCUCUGGACUGCUGGGUCUCAAUCUGGUUCUCUUUGGUGGCUGUCUGGUGACAGGAGAUGCUUUCCAGCUCGGAGAAGUUUUUUUGGAGCCUGAGGUGUUUGUGUUGAUACUGAUGGUACUGAGCAUGAUAUGGAUGCUUUGGUUUCUGCUGUGGGCUCGUAGACUGCCGGGUAUCAUCCCCUAUACUGACCAUCAUGCAGGGGGCGCUACAGUCACAGGGGUCCUGUUAUUUUUUGCGGGGUCCAGUUUGUUACUGUGUGUCUUCAUGAUGGGUUACAACAUUUUCAUGACCUCAUGCCGCUCGAUUGGUAAACUUUUAUUACCCUUCAUUGAGACACCAUUUCUGUUCAUUCAGGCAUAUUUACUGUGGGCUCAUUCUAAAGACUGUAUUGACAAACACACAAUGCUCACCAGGUUUGGAUUGAUGCUGACUUUAAGCACAGAUGUGUUACUGUGGUUUCGAGCGGUCACACAGGAUGCCAUUCAUCUGGAGAUCGAGAUGGGGAACCAGAUUAUACCUCUAGGUGACAUCAACAACACAGAUUUGGGCAAUAGCACUCUCUGCCGGUGUGCUCAGCGUGCGUGUGUGGUGCUGCAGAAAAGUUGUGCAGUUUUGUAUCCGUUUAACCUGGAGUUCUGUCUUAUGGCUGGCUGUAUGCUGUACGUGAUGUGGAAGAACGUUGGCCGUCGUGUGACGGGCGGACAUCAGACCCAGAAGAUCACGCUGCACAGAUUACAUGAUGGUGGGGUUCUGCUGGGUCCUGUACUGGGUUUACUGGUGCUGCUGACGGGUGUCACCGUGUUUGUGCUGUACCAGGUGUUUGUUGACCAGCAGGCCCAACGUAACACCGCCUUCCUGCUGUUUUAUGGUUUCCACCUGGGUUUGAUUCCCGUCAUGGUGCUGAGCACUUUUGCGGGCACAGUAAUCCACACAACCCAGAAGAUGGGUGACGGGCACAGCAGUGAUGAUGUGACACAACAGGUUAAAAAUCCCACUCGCAGUCUAGAUGUGGUGCUGCUGUUGGGUGCAGCAUUGGGGCAGCUCUCUCUCUCGUACUUAUCUGUAGUGGCCGGGUUGUCCCUGGGGCCCAACGGCAUCAUGGGAAACAUGGACAUGACGUUCUCCAUUCUCAGCCUGCUGGAGCUCCCGAUGCAGAAUGUGUUUAUCAUCCAAAGACUGCAAUCACACGCCAACCAACUGCAUAAAGACUCCAGCUGUAAGAAAACAGAGACAGGCCAGAGAGAAAGAAAUGUUACAAAUAAGGAGAAAGGAGAGCAUGGUGAGAAAGUCGUGGACACAACAGCAGGUAACGUCCUGUUUGAGGAAGGCAACAACACACCUGACAAAACUACUGACCGUGAGGAGACUCGUGAUCAUCAUUACUGGAACAGGAGGAUUAUUAAAGAGAUCGCAGCCUUUCUUAUCAUGUCCAACAUCAUGCUCUGGGUCAUCUCAGCGUUUGGAGCUCAUCCUCAGUUUGAGAACGGAGUCGGGAAGAAGUUCUACGGAUUUUCAGCCUGGUUUAUUCUGGUUAACCUGUGUCAACCACUUACCGUGUUUUACCGGAUGCACUCUGUUGGUGUCCUGAUGGAGAUCCUAAUAUCUGCCUGACCACAAACUCGAAACAUAGAUUCUGAUACAUACCGGUAUCUGAUACAUUAUUGUACUUCCUUUGACAAACACAAUUGUUCGCUGACCUACUGCCAUUUCAUAUCUGAUUUAUUCUCAAAGCGUAACAAACAAUAUUGAAACAAGAAUUUGUUCUUGAAACUUGUGUUUAUUUUUAAAUGUUGUUUUAUUAUUUAUCCAUGAUUGUAUUUGUGAUUUUCUUUGUAAUUAAGAUAUUAUGCAUUUUUAAGCAAACCACACUACAGACCUCAAAGUUGGGUUCUGAUAUCACAUGUUGUUAAAUUAAAUGAAUAUAAGUUUUAUUAUUUUUCAACAAAAAAAUCUAAAUCUGUAUUUUUUAGUUUUUUUGCUAGCAAACUACUUGGUCUUAAAUGAAGCAAACACUGUUU